UGUUUUUGGAGUUUACUGUUUACAAACUUUAAUACGAGGAUUGUUCUUCGCAAAUGGAGCAUGUACAUAUAUAUAAAAAUACAUUGUUCUUAUGGCUUUUUUCUAGUUUUUUUGUAACUUUACUUUCAACUAAGCACGUGUAAGUGGGAGCAUCAUGUCUGGAAGUGCGAAGUUUUCUGUGCGGAUAGUCACCGCUGAUUCCUAUAUGACCAAGCCAACACCAGGUUUGGAUCCCGUCUGUUCUGAUUUUGGACUUCCCAUCGCUCGUGUUCCUGUUGUGCGAAUUUUCGGUUCUACGCCGGCAGGUCAGACCGUUUGCUUACACGUACACCGAGUGUUUCCUUAUUUCUACGUUCCUUACGAUGGGGUGUCGCCGGCCGAAGACUAUCUGAGAUUGUUCGCAACCAGUUUGGAUCGCGCCUUAAACAUGUACGCUGGUGAUGCACAGGACGAUGGUGACGAGCCGCUGUUUGAUGCUACCUCGUCAAAAACAGCUGAUAAGGAACAACAGCAUGUAUAUAAAAUUUCCAUCGUUAAGGGGAUACCUUUCUACGGAUUUUACCAAGACGAAGUGAUGUUUUUGAAAAUAUAUUUUUAUUCCGCGCAAAGCAUAAAACGUGCGGUCAAACUGUUGAUGAAUGGAGCAGUUUUGCGAAAGAAAUUCCAGCCGUACGAAUCGCACAUCCCACACCUUCUUCAAUUUUUUAUGGAUUACAACUUGCAAGGCAUGAAUUAUAUAAAUGCUUCGGCCUGGGAACUGCGAGCUGUCAAUCCUGAAGAUUUUUGUUCCAAAAGAGUUGAAUACCGUGACGAUAUGGUUUCUCUUACUCGAGCAUCGCAAAACCUAACAAACGCCACGACUUACCACCAACCAAAUACGCAAAUUUUUGCUAACGUUGGAGUGAGCACGAAUCGAUUGAAACGAAUUAGUUCUUGUGAACUGGAAGUUGACGUGGUCUCUGAUCACAUAUUGAAUCGCGAAGAAAUCGAGAUAAAAAUCGGCACGAAUCCGGGAUUGGCGGUUAUUUGGCGGGAUGAGAAUGCGAGGCGAGUCAGUCGAGGACUACAAGCGGUCAACAACUUACCCCCGUCACAAGACCGUUACGAUACUGAGCCGGCCAAAUCGGAAAUAUUUUUCCGUAGCAGGUUGCGGGAGAAACUGAAUGCCUUUUAUUCUUCCGAAAGUGUUGCGAGACAUGGCCAACCGGUGACCGGAGUAGGACACUUCACGCGCGGAAGGUCUUCCAUGGACGACAGCCUGCUGGUCGGCGUGGCUACAGCCUCAACGGAAAACGCUCUUCAGCUUGUUAACAGUUCAUUUUACCUUGACCGGCACACGCUUGCCGAUGCAAAACCUUCGCAAAAUUCCGAUUCGGUGGUAGAUGCUGAGCAGAUUCAGCAACUGCAGUAUGACGAGUCUCACGAUGAUGAUUUGGCAAAUAUUUUGUACGAUUUGGCAGCAAUGGUGGAAGAAGAGAGAAUAGAAGGUUCCGAAAACGGAAAUCCACUAAACAUUCUCCAGGCCGAUGAUGAAGAAAGUGGGAAGAUGCAGGAAACUAUUAUUUUUGAUUUCGAUUCCAUAUCUGAUUCACCGGAAGAAUCUGGAAAUACUGAAACACCAGGCGAUGCGGUUAAUACCCCAGACAUCCUGCCGAUUGAUGAAGCUACCAAUGAUGUCAGCGGCACGCAGCACAGACAUUCCCCCGUACUGUUUGAAGAACCAACAGAAGAAAAUUCUGCUACUUUUAGCCAACCUACCAAAACAUCGGAACUGAAGGAACAUGCCCAAGCCCUUCAACCAUUACCCGAUGACUGGGACGGGGAUGUGAUUUUAACUCCUGCUCUGGGGUUUCCAAGCAGAAGUGAGAUAGAGAUGACCGCAAACCGCCACAGUCUACAAACGAAAUGGUCCAUGUACUAUUCUGCUUUGAAAGAGCUGGGAGCUGACAUAGCACCAGAAAAAGGCGAAAUUGUAGUGAACCGACCAACUGGUAUUAAACAAGUACGGGAAGUGGUCGAAUAUGCAGGCUUCGGAAUGCAGUUCAAAUCUUCAGCAUUGUUUGCAGCAGGCAUUCGAUUCGUCAAAGAAUUACAGUUAGAAAAGCAGCGAAAACUGAAGCUUAUUGCAGAAGAGAGAUUUUGGCAGCCGAAGCGUGUUGAUGGUCGUAAAGUUGUUUUGACACCUGCCAUUGGUUUUCCAAAUUUGUCCCAUAUUACAAGAAUGUUGGAUCGCACUGGAAAGAAUAAACUGAAAAGCGAAAACUCGUCCACCAGUUUGAGUUUGUUUGCUACUGGGCAUGACGACGAUGCAGUAGCAUCAUCGGGCGAGUCAACUCGUUCGGCCCAAAAAGCUCGUAGUAACCAUCGGUUUGAGGAGCUGGUCGGACGAAAUUUAGGGACGCCUUUAGCGAUCGCAGAAGAGGAAGAGCUACCUGGGGACGAUACCGCUGCAGUGUUACAUGAGUCGGAAAACCUUUUACUUCUGAGCCUGGAACUGCAUGCUGAUGCGGCUAAAGAUCGUUGCUGUGAUCCGCUGCGGGAUCCGGUCCGGUUUGUUGUAUGCACGCUGAUGACGGACACUGGGGAUGGAAAAGCUAAUGAUGUGGUUGUUUGCAUCUGUACGGACUCUGUGUCAACAGUCACUGCACGUGAAAGAAACACGAAGCGUUUUGUAUCUUGGAUAUCGCGGCGGAAAUACUUCAAAGAUCUUCAGUUGUGGUUCGUAGGAGACGAACAGGAGCUUUUUUGUACCCUUAUCAACUAUGUUCGGAGCCUUGACCCUGAUAUUUUAAUCGGUUAUGAAGUGCAGUUAUCAUCUUGGGGAUAUUUAAUUGAACGAGGAAACGCGCUUGGGAUAAAUGUGCUUCGGUUGCUUUCCAGGUUGUCGAAACCAGCAGUGGGGAGCAAGUUUAUUCAGCAGCGGCACGUCCCUCAAGCUGUUGCUGAAUAUGAAGCGAGAAAAAUGUCCGAAUUUCACGUGGUAGGCCGUGUUGUACUGAACCUUUGGAGGCUGAUGAGAAAAGAGGUAAAUCUCUACACCUAUUCAUUGGAAAACGUGAUUUUCCAUGUCCUUAAACUUCGAUUCCACCUUUUUUCGGCCACAACCCUUACAGAAUGGUUUGGUCAGCCAUUAGGCAAUUUGAGCCGAUGGCGAGCUAUGGAGUAUGUCAUAACUAAAUCGUCUUUUAACGUGGCAUUGCUUCGGAAACUUGAUCUUAUCCGUCAGACGAGUGAGUUCUCCCGUCUCUUUGGAAUUCAGUUCUACGAAACGUUAACUCGUGGAUCUCAGUGGCGGGUGGAAUCGAUGAUGCUGAGGCUGGCGAAACCUUACAAUUUUGUGCCGGUCUCUCCUAGCGGUGAUCAGUUGAAAGGGAUGGCGGCCCAGGAAUGCCUUCCACUGAUCUUGGAACCGCAGUCGCGCCUUUAUCUGGAUCCUGUCGUAGUCCUGGACUUCCAAUCGUUGUACCCAUCUAUGGUUAUUGCAUAUAAUUAUUGCUUCUCUACUUGCUUGGGAAAAGUGGAAUAUAUGGGAAACAAAGAUUAUUUUAAAUUUGGCUGUACUGCAAUGAAAAUCUCCCCAAGUUUCCUGAAGGAACACGCAAAUGAAUUGCAUUUCUCGCCAAAUGGAGUGGCCUUUGUUCCCAAGACUGUGCGUCGCGGAAUUUUGCCUGUCAUGCUAGAGGAGAUUCUCAACACUCGCAUCAUGGUUAAGAAAUCUAUGGAAAGCUAUAAAAACAACCCGGUUUUAAAGAAAGUUCUACAUGCCCGCCAGUUAGCUCUGAAACUGAUUGCCAAUGUGACAUACGGCUACACCUCGGCAAGCUUUUCAGGGCGUAUGCCCUGUGUCGAGAUUGGGGAUGCGAUAGUUUCGAAAGGACGGGAAACCUUAGAAAGAGCCAUAAAAUUUGUCGAAACUACUCCCAAAUGGAAUGCCCGUGUUAUUUAUGGAGACACAGACAGCAUGUUCGUUCUUCUUCGGGGUCGUACGAAACAUGAAGCUUUCCGAAUCGGCCGAGAGAUCGAAAAAGCCAUCACUGAUAUGAACCCUAAACCAGUGAAACUAAAAUUCGAAAAGGUAUAUUUGCCGUGUGUUCUGCAGACAAAGAAACGUUAUUGUGGGUUUAUGUAUGAGAACGAAGACCAGACUAAUCCCGCGUUCGAUGCGAAAGGAAUUGAGACUGUUCGGCGGGAUACUUGUCCCUUGGUAUCUAAGACGCUGGAAGAUAUGAUUCGAAUGCUCUUUGCCCGCAACUGCGAUCUGUUGUCCGUCAAACAAUUCGUACAAGGGAGAUUCGCCAGUGUUUUACUGGGUGACACAAAAAUGGAAGACUUUAUUUUUGCCAAAGAAUAUCGUGGGCGUGAAAGCUACAAAGAUGGAGCAUCGGUCCCGGCUUUGGCAAUUGCGAAAAAGUCGACUCGGGUGGAUCCGCGUAAUGAACCGCGUGUAGGCGAGCGUGUCCCUUACAUUAUCACAUACGGUGAUCCUUCUCGGACUCUGCUUUCUCUCGUGCGCCCACCGGCUGAACUUUUCCAAGAUCCCUCCUUGCGUCCGCAUGGCUACUAUUACUGCAGUCGCCAGCUUGUCCCUGUCCUCAAUCGAAUUUUACUACUCCUUGGUUUGGAUUCCAAAAAAUGGCUUUUCGAAGUACAAGAAAGGCUGUUGAGUACGUUACCCAGAACGGGGCUCCUGGAUAGCUGUAUAAAUGAUUUACCAUAUUUUUAUAAGUUUUGCACACAAGCCUUGCUGGGAAGGAAUAAUUUUACUCUGAUGGUUAACAAUAAAAAAGUUUCCCGUGGGGCCGCCGCGGAACAGUUUUAUUCGGACUGUAAACGAUGGGAAACAGCCAUUGCAAAAGCAACUGCGGUUUGUCAAGGAUGCAUGGGUACGCAGUCAUUCAAUGUGGAAUGCGAAUCGUUUGAUUGUCCGGUCAUGUUUGAGCUGCUACGAGCCAGCGACCGCUUGGCGCGCUUGAAGAUAACGAAGCAUCCUUCCGCUUAUGAACUGUGAUGAAUGUCGUGCCUUUCACUGUACAGUGAAUACUUUUCUUGUAUUUUAAAAUUUCCAGAGACAAUUUAUAAUUACGCUUUAAGGGCAGUUUUUGGAUGUCUGGAUAAGGUUGUUGUGGUGGUUUUUAUUGUGAGAGGUUUAACUUCAGACGAUAUAAUGCAACUUCCGUCGCACGUCAUUUAAGUUUCUUCUGUUUAAUGGUUUAGUAUCAGAAUUUAGGCGCUCGAAUUCGUAGGAGCGGUAAUGCCGCUAUGUACAAACUACAAGUGGUUCCGUUCGAGCGCAUGAGAUUUCGUCACGUUAAUGCAGCAACACUUUCAGUCUAACA